AUGGCAGCGGCCGCGGGGGCGAACCGCGGCGGCGGCGGAGGAGGAGGAGGAGGCGGGGGGGCUCCCGGGGGGGCCUCGCGGUGGCGGCUGGCGGUGCUCCUGCUCGCCGCCGCCUCCCUGCCGGGCGCCGCGGCGCUGCUGGAGGGGCUGUACUGCGGCACCGAGGUGUGCUACGACGUGCUCGGCGUCACCCGGGAGGCCUCCAAGGCGGAGAUCGCCCGGGCUUACCGGCAGCUGGCCCGCCGGUACCACCCGGACCGCUUCAGGCCCGGAGAGCCCGGCUCGGAGGGAGACUCCCAGGAGUUCGCCCACAAGAAGUUCCUGCUCAUCGCGACCGCCUACGAGACGCUGAAGGAUGAAGACACGCGGCGGGACUACGACUACAUGCUGGAUCAUCCAGAGGAGUACUACCAGCACUACUACGCCUACUACCGCCGGCAGCUCACGCCCAAGGUGGACGUCAGGGUGGUCAUCCUGGUCACCAUCUGCGCCAUCUCCAUUUUCCAGUACUACAGCUGGCACAGCAGCUACAACGAAGCCAUCAACUAUCUGGUGACGGUCCCCAAGUACCGGAUCCAGGCCACGCAGAUCGCCAAGGAACAGGGCCUCCUCAACCGCACCAAGGAGAAGGGCAAGAACCGGCGCUCCAAGGAGGAGAUCCGGGAGCAGGAGGAGGAGGUGAUCCGGGACAUCAUCAAGACCAAGAUCGACAUCAAGGGCGGCUACCAGAAGCCCAACCUGUCCGACAUCCUGCUGUGCCAGAUCAUCCUCUUCCCCUACUACCUGACCCACUACGUGGCCUGGUACGUCUCCUGGGUGUACCGCUUCACCCUCUGCAGGGAGGAGUACGGCGAGGAGGAGAAGCUCUACAUCAUCCGGAGGUACAUGAAGAUGUCCCAGUCGCAGUUUGACAGCCUGGAGGACAACCUGAGACAAACUUUCCUGGACAAGCAGCUGUGGAUCAGAGAAAACUACGAGGUGUAUAAAAAAGAGCAGGAGGAGGAGAUGAAGGUGAAGAUGGCGAUGGACCCCCGGAUGAAGCGGUACCGGCGCUGGAUGAAGAACGAGGGUCCGGGCCGGCUCACCUUCAUCGACGAGUGACGACGGCGGCGCCACCCGGAGCUUUGACCUCAGUGCCAACACGCCGCCUGCGUGGACUCUGUACAGAAGGCCCCGCCCCCGCCUGUUUAUAUAGAAAUGAAUAUAUAUAUAUAUCUAUAUAGUGAGAGAUAUUUUCAUAAAGACCAGGUCUCAGAGCGAACUGUGAGCCCACGCUUCAGGUUUUCCACCUUUCUUACAUCCUGUUGUUUUUCUAAUUUUUCAAACGGAAGCCCACGACGGACGCCAAACCGCCAUUUUUCCGUUCUUUUCUCUUGCUGGUGAGUUUGGGUGUCGGGUCAGUUUACAGGUCAGUGUUGUCCAAGUGUCCUUGGCCAGGCGGAGUCCGGCAGCAUCGCCAAGCUCGGCUCGUUUGAACCGUUUCAGCCCGGAGCGGCUUCUUUUUUUUUCUUCCUUCCUUCUUUUUUCGUCCAUCAGCAGAAGAACAGUAGACGGACACGUUCCGACGUGUCGUCGUGUGAAGGGAAGCCUCCGGACGUUCUCCCGCUUUCCUGGAGGAUCCUCCAUCGCUGCAUCCUCCACCUGCUGGCUCGUCCACUUACUGUUAUUUAUUGUUCCGCGUUGGCGGCAUUAAAGGCAAACAGUACUGAAACCAUCCGGCGGCCGGGGAAGUUUGUUCUCAAACCAAAAACCACGGGAGUUCAGUGUUUUUCCCUCUAUUUGUAUUUUCAUGCA